AUGACCCCGCCCCCGUCUCCGCCCAUGGCACCGCCUCCGGCCACUCCUCCUCCCCCCGCCACCCCCCCUCCGGCCGCUCCCACGCCGGCCCCCAGCACCGCCCCGACGCUCCCGCCCGUGGCGACACCGUCCGCGUCCCCGAAGAGCCCCAAGACCCCGAGCCCCGCCGCCGCGACGUCCCCGUCGCCCGCGCUCUCGCCCGCGGGCACGACGCCGAACGAAGACUCGGGUGCAGGCGCGCGCGCAGCCGGCUUCGCCACGCUCGUGGCAUUGGCGGGCGCGGGCCUCGCCGUCCUGCUUUGA